UCCGCGAUAUUCCUCUCUAAUCACCUUAUCGAACUAGUCAUGUCAUUUCUUCCUGUGAAAUCUCUUAUGCGACUCAAGUGCGUUUCCAAGUCAUGGAACACACUCAUAUCCGAUCCCAGAUUUGUCCCACUGCACCUUCUCCGGUCACAAAGAAAUAGGAACCUACUACUCACAUACGGGGAUUUUGGUUUGGUAUCCUUACCUAUAAGUCGUUUAGUGGAUAAUACAUCCCUCACCCUUUCCUCUCACCAAUUGAAAUCUGAUGAAUGUCACCAUGUCAUUGGUUCAUGCAACGGUUUGAUCUGUUUGUUUUAUCGUACCAGAUCCACGAUCGAGUUUAAAAAUGCCUGGUUCCGUAUUUGGAACCCUGCCACAGGGACAAUGUCUGAUAGAUUAGGAUCUUUUCACAAAUCUCGAUCCAAAUUUACACCUAAAACGCUUGGAUACACAUUUGCUUAUGAUAUUUCAACGAGCAAUUAUAAGAUUGUGGCGUUCGGUUAUAGAUUUAUCAAGGUUUUUUGUUUUAAUCGUAAUGUUUGGAGAGAAAUUCAAAGUUUACCAGACAAAAUGGUUAUUGUUGAUUAUCUUCAAUACAAAAAAGGUGUGAGUUUGAAUGGCACUUUAUUUUGGUUGGCCUUUCUAAAUGAGUUCCCAUAUAACGAUUGGCGGGAUACUUUUUCUCUUGUGAGAUAUUUAAUUAUCUCGUUAGAUCUUGCUACAGAAACACGCAGAGAGUUGUUGCCUCCUCCGGUUUUUGAUGAAGUCUCUGAUGUUGUUCAUCCAAGUAUUUCUGUGUUGAUGAAUUGCCUUUGUUUUUUUUAUAACUUUAAAGGUACCCAUUUUGUUGUAUGGCAUAUGACACAAUUUGGAGUUAAAGAAUCUUGGACUCAACUCUUUAAAAUAAGUUUUGAGAAAGGGCAUUUCUUAUGUGACUUUUUUAGUCAAUUGUCACUGUAUCCUUUGUAUAUUUCUGAAAAUGGCGCAACACUGAUAUUGGGAAGCAAUCGUGAAUGCGAACCAAUUAUCUAUAAUUCGAGAGAUAAUAAAGUAGAGCGAACUAGAAUUAUCAAUGAAAUAGAUUGGCGUUGUUAUGUGGGUUAUGUUGAAAGUUUGGCUCCAAUUACCUGAAAGCAGGAAAUUGCUUCUGGUUGAAUGGAGCACUGGAUUUAGUACAAAAUGUGGCUGCAUUGUUGAGAGUUAUGCAUUCAGUUUUUCUUUGUAUUUGAUUUUACCUUUUUUAUUUUAGUGUUUCACUCUUAACAUCAAGUGCAACAUGUUUGAAAGAAGGGAAGAAAUUUACUGCUAAAUAAUUGUGUUGUUUUAUAGCGUUUGUAGCAACUGUAUUCAUGGA